UCUCAGAGACGCUCUUACAUCCACACGCGCCGCCAGACCCUGAUCCACCAUCCCUCAGCCGCCGCCUCCCCCGCCCGGCCCCCUCCCCCGCGACCACACCGGCCGGCCUCCGUGACCGCCCAGCCCUCGUAUCCUACGCCGCGCGCUGUUGGUGCGCUGAUAGCCCCGUCUCUGCAACAACGGGAUCCCUCAGGGCUCAGCCUCUGCAAAAACGGAGUUCGACUGUCUCUGAAUUCCCGAGUCGAUCCGAUCGAGGCGUCAUCACGUCAUGGGGAUGCUGAAGCUGAAUCAGCUUAUGUCCAUGAAGCGGCGGAAUCGUCGACGGCAGAUCCGAACCCGUAAAGGAUCUAUUGCUUCAUGUGCAAAAAGAAAGUGUUCACCCAGUCAACAUGAUGAACAUUCUUUGGAUGGCCAAAUAAAGGGAUACUCAGGAUCAGAUCUCCCUGAGGAUAUCUGGUGUCAUAUACUUUCCUUAAUGCCAAUUCAAGAUGCUGCCCGAGUUGCCUGUGUGUCUCACACCUUUUUGCGUUCCUGGAGAUGCCGCCCUAACCUCGAUUUCAGUAGGGAAACAUUGGGCUUAAUAAAUGCGUGCAGAAAUGAGGAAACACAAAGGAACAUCACCAGCAUAGUUGAUCACAUUCUGCAAAACCACUCAGGCAUUGGAGUGAAGGCAGUCAAGUUUCAAGAUGAUUCAUAUUACAAUAUUCAAGACUUAUGUCAUCUUGAUCUCGAAGAUGAUUCAUUUUACGAUAAUCAAGACUUCUGUCAUCUUGAUCUUGACCGUUGGCUUCGGAAUACUAUUAAACCAGGGAUUGAAGAACUGAAUAUUUCUCUGCAUGGAAAGAAUACAAUGUACAACUUUCCAUGCUCACUUUUAUCUGAUGAAAUUGGAGAGUCACUCCGUAAUCUUCACCUCGUCGGCUGUUACUUUCAUCCCACAAUCGGACUUGGUUCCUUGAGAAACUUGAGAAGAAUACAGCUGUGUAACGUAUCUAUUACCGAGAGUCAGCUCGAGUGUCUUCUUUCCAAUUCUUUCUCUUUGGAGCAGUUGGUACUCAGGAAUUGCGGUGGGAUUAUUUGCCUGAAAAUACCUUGCCUGCAGCGGCUUAGCUACCUUGAGGUGAACUCUUGCAGCCGACUGGAAGUUAUAGAGAGCAAAGCUCCAAAUCUAUCUAGUGUUCGCAUUGCAGACUACCUCCAUGUACAACUCUCACUUUUGGAAACGUCGCGUAUUAAAAAAUAUUUUAGAUCAUGUCCUGGUGCUGCCUUUUAUGCUCGUACUGAGCUUCCAUCCAGCAUGCCAAAUCUUGAGUCUCUUAGCUUAUCUUCAGCAACUGAGACGAUUAAUACGCCGCUAAUGCCUAGCAAAUUCCUCCACCUCAAGUUCUUGACUAUUGCUCUUCGUGGACAGACCUAUGAUUGUUUUUCUCUGUUAUCCUUUUUUGAUGCUUCUCCUUUCCUGGAGACUUUCAUAUUGAAUGUAUUAUCAUCGGUACAUGUGAAGCCUGCCUCAGUUUUUGAAGAUCCCUCGGAUCUGAGGAAGAUGCCAGAGAACCAUAAUGACAAGCUCAAGUGUGUUCGAAUCAUCAAUUUCUCAUCUGCAAAGAGCUUGAUUGAGUUGACCUGUCAUAUUCUCGAGUCUGCAAUGUCACUCGAGUGCCUCACAUUGGACACCACUCAUGGUGCGCCUAGAUGCUCUGUUACCAAACAUGGCAGAUGCUGGCGAAUGACGAGGGAUGAAAUUAUGGAAGCGCAUAGAGCACUAUUGGCUGUCCAAACAUACGUUAAGUCAAAAGUUCCUUCAACAGUCGAGUUAAAUGUUCUUGAGCCCUGCAGCCAAUGCCAUGCUGUUGCACUUUAGGUGACCACAAUUAUUCACUGGAACGAUCGGUGUUUUUUUAUGGUGUCUUAUUAGUUAAAGUAAAAGUUAUCAUACUUAAGUACUAUAUAAAAUAAAAGCCAGAAGAGACAAACCUUAACACGUGCGCAACUGCCUUACCGGGCCGAGGCCAAGGAGAAGGCGUGCGACACCUGUAUUAAUGGUAUGCGACCAUGAGAGAUUGCGGUCUCCUUC